AAAGGUCUCUCCUCCUUUUCCCUCGCGCAAGCAGAAAGCAGACCGGAGCAGCUGCAAAACCCUAGUUUUCAAGCUUCUUCAACCACUGUUUGCUUGGGAAAGACUGUUCGCAAAUUGUUGGGUCGUUUGCAGUGCUGGUCUUCUAUCUCCCCAAUCUUCGAUAUGAGUGGGCGCUUUUCUCGCACAAUCUAUGUUGGCAACCUGCCAUCAGAUAUAAGGGAAUGGGAAAUUGAAGAUUUAUUCUACAAGUAUGGUCGUAUAUUGGAUAUUGAACUGAAGAUACCUCCUCGCCCUCCAUGUUAUUGUUUUGUUGAGUUUGAGAAUGCUCGAGAUGCAGAAGAUGCAAUCAGGGCUCGUGAUGGCUAUAACUUUGAUGGUUGUCGUCUAAGGGUUGAACUUGCCCAUGGUGGUAGAGGACCAUCUUCUAGUGACCGUCGUGGUGGCUAUGGUGGUGGUGGAGGAGGCCGGUUUGGUGCUUCACGCCAUUCUGAAUAUCGAGUUAUUGUCCGUGGCCUUCCUUCUUCUGCUUCUUGGCAAGAUUUGAAAGAUCAUAUGCGAAAAGCUGGUGACGUGUGUUUUGCCGAGGUUUCCCGCGAUGGUGAAGGGACUUUUGGUAUUGUUGAUUAUAACAACUAUGAUGAUAUGAAAUAUGCGAUUCGGAAACUGGAUGAUACUGAGUUUCGAAAUCCUUGGGCAAGAGCUUAUAUUCGGGUUAAGAAGUAUGAGAGAAGUCCCUCAAGGAGCCGAAGUAGAAGCCGUAGCAGAAGUAGAAGUGUAAGGAGAGAUCGAAGUAAAUCGCCAGAUCGAUCUGUUUCUAGAUCUGUUUCAAGGUCCAGAUCUGCAUCUCCUGUCAAAGCUUCUAGGCCUCGAUCAAGAUCAAGGUCGGCAUCACCCCACCCGGUGAGGUCGGGAAGUGGCUGAUCCACCUCUUUAUCUUUUACGUCUGAGUCAAGUAACUCCCCGGGGAACUUGGUUUUGUUGUUGGACUUGGCAGUAGAAGAUUGAACUAUGGAUUCUAUAUAGACUUAUUUUCUUGUGUGAGAGAGCAAGGGAGAAGUAUUGGAACAAGGACCCAAGUUAUAUAUGGCCUAAAGACUGACUAUUGGGAUGAUGUAUGAUAUUAAGAUUAAAUUGCUUUUAGGAUUUAAUAUUAUUUUGGUAUGCUAUUAAUGAUGUGAUCCUAAUAUUUUAUGUAAAAUGGCUUUUUCAAUGCAGCAAAGGCUAAGGCAAUUUGUGUCCUUUAUGCCCGAACUAAGGCACCGGCAAUUUAAUAAAUGUCAUUUUCAAGUUUCAUCAA